UCACAGCCGCGCCUCUGGCCGCCGGGCGACCCGGAAGUUGUGCCUACGGCCCGGCUUUCCUCCUCCCACAAUCCUCUGCGUUCUUUCUUUCCAGCUUAGGCCCGGCAGAAUGGCUCCCGCAAAGAAGGGUGGCGAGAAGAAGAAGGGCCGUUCUGCCAUCAACGAGGUGGUGACCCGGGAAUACACCAUCAACAUUCACAAGCGCAUCCAUGGCGUGGGCUUCAAGAAACGUGCCCCUCGGGCACUCAAGGAAAUCCGGAAAUUUGCCAUGAAAGAGAUGGGGACUCCAGAUGUGCGCAUUGAUACCAGGCUCAACAAAGCUGUCUGGGCCAAAGGAAUAAGGAACGUCCCAUAUCGAAUCCGUGUGCGGUUGUCCAGAAAACGAAACGAGGAUGAAGAUUCACCCAACAAGCUCUAUACUCUGGUGACCUAUGUACCUGUUACCACAUUCAAAAAUCUACAAACAGUCAAUGUGGAUGAGAACUAACUGCUGAUUUUCAAAUAAAGUUAUAAAACCAAUUUCUUGUUUUGCUCUUCUUUACUAGUUUCAAUACCAUGUGUGUGUCCUGAAGCAAUUCCA